CGUGCGGUCUGUGUUUAUGUGUGCGGAGCGGCGAGGACGCGGGUUCGGGAGUUGGGUCAUACAAACCUAGGAACAAUGGCAGGUGGUAAUCGUGAUGAGCAGGCCCAUCCUAGCAAUGGAUAUGAUCGUCCCAGCAAAGGAUACAGUUGUGUAGAGAUAGAAGAAACAGAAAUGCAGAAUAUAAAUGAGGAACAAAAGCAGCAGCACACUUCUCCCAAUGGAAAUGCAGGAGGACACGAGGAAAAACCAGCUUGCCCUAAAUACAAAAAGGCAGUCAUUGGAAUGGGCAUUGUCAUUGUCGUCCUCCUGAUCAUCAUUCUUAUCCUUGUUUCCCUUCUCGUGUCAAGCACCAUGAAAAAUCCAAAGAUCCAGGCAGUUCAAACCGGAACACCAGUGCCAUUAAACUGCCAAAAGGAUGCCAUAAAAUAUCUACUUCCAUGUCCACUUGACUGGUUUGCACAUCAAGGAUACUGCUACAAAGUGUCAGAAGAGGAAAAAAAGUGGCUUGAAAGCCAGAAGUCCUGUAAUUUGCAGAAUGCUUCCCUGGCCAAAAUUACAGAGGAGGAAAUGGGUAUUAUGAAGAUGUUCACAAUAGAACACGGCUUUUGGAUCGACUUCAAGAGGGAACCGAAUCAACCCUGGAAGUCGUCUGAUGGAGAAAAUGCCACGAUGGAAAUCAAGGGAAAUGGAGGCAAUUGUGCGUAUUUGCGCAACGAUGUCACAGCCAUGUCAAUGAGAUGCAACAAUAAGCACUACUACAUGUGCAAAAAAGAAAUGCUCCUAAGAGAUCCUGAAAGAGAACUGGAAGUUUAGGUAGUCCUUGACUUAUAACAGUUCAUUUAGUGACCAUUCAAAGUUACAACAGCAUUGAAAAAAGUGACCUACGACCAUUUUUCAUACUUAUGA